UAUUAGCUGUCUGCUGCGAAUUUGACGUGUUAGGUUUUGACGUACGAGCCAAACAAAAUGCCGCCGUGCGGUUCGAUGAGCUCUCGCGAAACUUUCGUCCGUUGCUGUUUCGCGAGGCUUGAAGUGCCGAGUUCGGCGAUCAUAUCGACCAUGUUCAUCUGACUUCCACGAGCUGCGAGCCUUGUCAAGCUUUCAUAUGUGCGUAGCAACGUUGUACGUUGCGAGCGGCGCAACGUCGAGGAGGCGAAUCCGAUAUUAACGGAGUUGUGAUGUCCUCACGGCUUGAGAAUAAAUUUGAUACCCUCGGAAUACUCAAUAAUUGAUCGGGAAUUUCAACGCGAACAGUUUUUAGAAGAGAUUUCUCAAUUAAUCACGGUCCAGUACGUUGCAUGUGUUCAAUGCAUCACCGUUAUCAUAUCCAACGAUCAACAGGAAUUAAAGAAGAGGUGUUGCAGAAGAAAAACAGAUGGUGGAUUGUUAAUGUCAUGAGUCAUCUUAAACUGUUUUACACAGAAUUAAACGUUUAAAAGUUCUGAUUGUCACAUGUGACUGAUUCGUGUUUGCAAGCAAGAUUGAAAAUUGUUGACUCUUUUGAAAAUGUCUGGCGGAGAGAGAAAGAAGCGUGGGUGCGACAGGGGACACGGAUGGGAAGAGGCUGGCGCAGAAUUCUAUCAAGAAAGUUAUCCGGCAGCUAUAGAAGCGGAUUUGCAACAAGCCUUGCAAAGGGAUCCUUCGCACAUAGCUACUUUGCUUCCUAGCAAAAAGUCUCGUGUUGCCACUGCGAAACGAAUCCGAAAUGAUCCAAAGACAACACUGAGAAGGCGCACCAGCACCAGAUCUCGCGGCACAACGACUUCAAGGCGUAUGUCAACCAACAUACACGAUGCGGCGGUAUCAAUGCUACCAGACCUGUCGGAAAAUCUGUCCAAUGAGGAACGCACUUGGGAGGAAAUCAUGCAGAUCAAAGCUAUGCCUGUCUGCAUGUCUCAGAAAAUACAGCUGAAGAAUCAGUUACAGAGUGCUACAAAACUGAGACUUCAGGGAUUUGAGCAGCUGAAAUGGCAACGCAGAAAAGCCUGGCAGCAAUUUCGCAUACGGAUGAAAGAGGCUUACUCCAAGAUGGAGCUGUGGAAUAACAGUCUGAAGAAAAUAGGCGGAAACUUCGGAAUGGGCAUAGUGGCGUACUUUUUGUUUAUCAAAUGGCUGAUGUAUCUAAAUCUAUUUCUGUUCGCAAGUAUAUAUUUGCUGAUAGUGCUGCCGGCGAUCUUGCUGGAGACGUCGGAAAACGAAUUAUGUACAUCCAACAACACCGCGAGCGUAGCAUGUUGUUCCGAACUAUAUAGAAACAUGACCGAUGAGAGUAGCAGCAUAACCGAUAUCGUGCAAGGCGGCGGUAUUUUGGAAUACACCCCGCUGUUCUACGGCUGGUACACGCACAACAUAUACGAGAGCGUGUGCGGAACCUUCGGCUACAAUUUCCCGCUUGCUUAUAUCUGCGCCAUUACUGUUGUCUUUGUCAUCAGUCUGGUGGCGAUCGUUCGGCGAGCCGCCAGAGGUUUUAUGGAGCGUGUCGUGGAGGGCGAGGGCCAGUUCUAUCGGUACUGCAAUUUGGUGUUCGGCGGCUGGGAUUACUGCAUUCACAACGAAAAGUCCGCGGCCGUAAAGCACAAGGCGCUGUACAAUGAGAUAAAGGCAUUUCUGGAAACGGAGAGAAUGGAGGAGGAACGACAAAAUCGUACGCGCGAGGAAAAAACGAAGUUGUUCUUCAUACGUCUGUUUGUGCAUGUGUUGGUCCUAACGGUGCUCGGUGGUUGCGGCGCGUUUAUCUAUUACAUAAUCGACUUCUCGUUCGACCAGCUGGCGUACUUGGCGCAAGAUCCAGAUGCAUCCAAGAUCACGCAGUUGUUUCUCGAAUUCCUGCCGUACGUAUGCAUCGUCGGGCUCAACGUGGCGGUACCGUUCCUCUUUCGUUAUUUGGUCGCUUUGGAGAAUUACAGUCCGUCGUACGUCAUCCGAAUGACGUUGUUCAGAACGGUGUUUCUCAGACUCGCUUCUCUCGGCGUUCUGCUAACGUCCAUGUACAGACUCGUCGCGGACAAGAUUCCGGAGAACGAGUGCUCCAACAUCAACAACAAACAGCCAUUGUGCUGGGAAACGUUUGUGGGACAGCAGUUCUUCAAGCUGUACACCACCGAUCUCUUCAUUCAGGUUUUCAUGACCUUCUUCGUCAACUUUCCCCGCUCGUUGAUUGCCCGGCACACCGAGAACAAGGUUCUGCGUUUCAUCGGCGAGCAGGAGUUCGAUCUUCCCAAGCACGUGCUCGAUAUCGUCUACUCGCAGACACUCUGCUGGCUCGGUUGCCUGUUCGCCCCGCUUUUACCGUUGGUCGCCGUCAUCGGCACGUUCUUCCUGUUCUACGUGAAGAAAUUCACCUGUCUGGUAAAUAGCACACCGUCCAGCAAGAUAUACCGGGCGAGCAGGUUGAAUUCUCUAUUCAUGUUCAUUCUGCUGGUCGCUUUCAUCCUGGCGACAAUACUGAUCGGCUACUCGAUCGAGCAGAUCAUGCCGUCGAAGUCGUGCGGACCGUUCCGCGGCUUUGAGUCCGUGUGGUCGUUACUGAUCAUAACGUUCUCGCAAUUUCCCAACUGGUUACAAUCGACUCUAUAUUUUCUGAGCACCGCCGGUUUUGGCAUACCGGCGUUCGUCAUUCUCGCUCUGCUUCUUUAUUAUUAUUACGCGGUAACGAUCGCAAACAAGCAUAUGGUGACGGUACUGAAGAACCAGUUGGUACUGGAAGGCCAUGACAAGCAGUUUCUUUUGAACAGGCUCAGCGCCUUUAUCAAGCAGCAACAGGAUCAGAACAAAUUCCAUCAGGAGCAGAACAAUGAAUUAGGCACGUUUCAGCACGUAUAAAACAGCAUAAAACGCUUGAUUUGAUAUUGUUUUUUUUGUUUUUUUUUUAUUUUUUUUUUUUUA